UCACAGAUUGCAAUGGAAUUUCUGGUGUCUGAUGCUACUGUAAAGUGUCUUCUGGGAUGUCUUCAGUGAAGCAGGAAGUGCUACUGAAUUUCAGAGAGACUACAAAAAAGUUUUAAAAUUAAGUGUGGAGCCUCAAAAUGUUAAAGACAAUGGACACUAAAAAACUGAUUGGUAAAUCCCUUCAGCCAGCAAGACCUGCACGCCACCUGUCUUCACAGCAUGCUUCAACAAUUACUUUCAACUUCCAACCUGAAUUUCCAUGCAGCACUCAAGUAUGUUUACGUAGUGAAGUUAGCUGGUGGUAUGAGGCUACUGGAAUGCAGGUCUUAAAUCAAACUGUGAUCCCUAGUCAAUCAGAGUGCCAGGAGUCUGAAACCAAGAAAAAAAGAAUUAAAUACAGCAGAGAUUUCCUCUUGAAGCUUUCAAGUGUUUCGCUCUCUCAAAAGAAGCCGGAAUUUCUUCCUGAUCAUCCUAUUGUACUUGAAAAACCAGAAAAAAAUAUUUUAUUGCCUUAUGUAAGAAAUGACAGGUCCUUUUGAAGAUAAGAAAUCCAUCUUUUGGACAGCUAACAAUGAAGUGGAUUAAGGGCCAGAUUUUUAAAGGUAUUUAGGUGCCUUAAGAUGCAGAUAAGUGCUUAGUGGAAUUUACAGAAGCAUCUAGGUGCUUAAAUACUUAAAAACAAACAAACGAGGAAAAAAAAACUGGUCAUUAGUCAAGAACGCCAAUAGAAUGUAAACAAAUUACAAUGGAUGUAAAUUUGUUUAUUUAAUUAUCAAAAGCAAGAAGUGUUUUCAGCACUGACAAACUCAGGUUCACUGAAUCAACUUCAAGAUUUGUAGAACCACCAACUUUAAACCAGUAUUUCUGACUCAGAUUUUGUUUGCAAUAUUCAGAUUUUCAUUAGCUGUAAUAAUGGAACAGAAACACAAGUUGUAGUAAUUCUCAAACAUGACUUACAUCCAAGUAUAUUAAUUCUUGUAUUUUGAAAUUGACUUUGAUUGCUUUUCAGUAAUUCACAUUGACGCUCAGUGACCUCUUGCAUUCUGUGGCUAUACUACUAGUUUCUUUCAAGAUGUUUAAUAUCUUGACGUUUUAGUUUCAUUGAAAGGCAGCACAGUUUCCAUAAAACUAGAAUAUCCACCCAAACAAUCGUUGACUGUACAGGGGAGCUGCCUAUAGGGCAGUGGAUUUCAGGAACUGCAAUACUAACUAGUGUCAUCCAAUUAUACUAUUUUUCCAAAGUGAAAAUGGGAAGUGGUGACAAUGAAAAAUUGCAAGAAUCCUUAUCGGAAGUGCAUGCUAGUGAAAGUCUUGUAGUUGUUUCAUUAAAUAAGGAUUGUAUAAUGAAAAGAAGCCUCAAAGUCUUUUAGU